AUGCCCAACGGGCACCCAUCUCGUCUUGAACGCCCACUACCUCAGCGAGCCACUUUGUUGCCCAUCCUUCAAGCUGUUGAUCCGACAUCUGAGCCAAUUCGAGACAUUGGAGCCAAUAAGCGGCAUAUGAGAGCCGUCGCCACUUUGAAAAGGUAUCCGGAUUUUGGGACCCGGAAAGAGGUCACCUUCCGUCUCGAUGUUAUCCUCGCCAUGUGGGCCGACGGCAUGCUAGACCCUGACCAGAACCCUCAUACUGGCCCAGUGUGCUGGAAUGUUCCCUUCACUUCCGCAGCCAGUGAUCAACAUUGUCCUUUUUGGGUGCUUCCAACGGAGACAGUGGUGAAAUUUGUGUCUACGCAGGCUGCUCGCUUUUUACUUCCACUCGACCACAUAUUUCUACAAGCGUCGAAUGAAGUAGCCAAGCCUUUAUCAUCGUCGUCGUCGUCGUCGUCCUCCUCCUCCUCACUCGAUCCCGUCCAGCAGAUCCUUGGACUUUACACCGCGCAGUAG